GACUUCGACGGUGGUAUCGUUAUCAGGUUAUCAGUAUAUGAUUGUUUGCCAUUAUAUGUUCCAAUUCGAUACCAGAUAGUUAUUAGCUGUUAUAGACCAUUAAGCAUCUGUUCGUCCCCACAUUCGGUGCUGUAGAAAUUCAACAAAAUGGUCCAUAAGCACCACGUAGCCGGUUACGAUAACUUUGUUAGCUUCAUGAAAGAUUUAAAAAGUAAUGGACAAGUGAUGAACGUUCUCUUCACGGGAGCUAAACUGGAAACUGGUAUCAGCUGGUGCGGGGACUGUGUCGAAGCUGCCCCCUUCAUUGAGGCAGCAUUGGAGAAAGCUCCCGCGGAAUCGCAUUUCAUCUAUGUUGACGUGGGCGACAGACCAUCGUGGAAGGAUAUGAAUAAUCCCUUCCGCAAGGAUACCAAUACGCACCUCAGCGUUAUUCCAACGCUCGUCCGAUGGAAAAACCCACAACGAUUGGAAGGAGAACAGUGCUGUAAAGCAGAUCUACUGGAGAUGUUUUUCUCCGACGAGGAUUGAAUAAUGAUAUUUGAAGAUUCAAUAAUAUAAG